UUUCAUGCAUUGGGUGUGCGGGCAGACGAGAUUGGCCGAAGCUUGACCAUUGCUUCAGCACUGGUCAGUUUUUUUCUACGAAGUGACCACUACUGUGUACGAACUGGACAUUGUAUUCGAUACGUAAACGGAAACACAACCCAACAUCUCUAUUUUAUUCUUCGUAUUUGUCACAAUAUUUCACUUCAUUUUGUCUAUUGGAAAAGUAACGUUGCUGCAUCAGAACACAGGGUAAUCUAUCCCCUGUGACGUGAUGACAUCAUAGUUUGGAUCACUCUAGUUUGGACUAAGGAAUGAACUACUUUUGGGGGCAGUAUGUGAUCUACUUUGGCCAGAGGAUCGAGGUUUCAGGAUAUUUCCAUACUGCUCCUAUUGGACUAGACGAUUGCUUACAAUGGAACACUAAAUCGUUGGAGAGGACACAACAAGAAAAAUAUUUUUCAUUAGAACAUGAAAAUUAAGCUUAUGGAGGGAGAUGUGAAUUUCUCUGCAACAUCAUCAUCAAGCUGACUUGAACGAGAAACAAAAAAACAUCAUCCUUAAUGAACGUCACUCCUGUGGUCACAUCUGGGGCCUUCUCCCAGAUCGCAUCCCUUGGUCUUUCCAGAGUGUCCUCCGGCCUGACCACCCUAGCAGGCGGUGAGACCAACAUGAAGGCGAUGUCGGCUCCCCACAUGGCCCCCUCCCCCGAUGUGAAGAUGGAACUAAUGGAGAGCGAAUCGUCGUCUCUGAAAGCCCUCGAUGGCCAUCCUGCUGUGAUAUCUGGUGUCCCAGACAGUCCUUGCUGGCCUAGCGCCAAUGAUAACAUCGAUGCAUUAUCUCCGUCUGGCGGAGUACACUCAACAGGUCAAAAGAGGAGCGAUGACAAAUGCUGGGUGUGUGGAGAGAAAUCGAAUACCUUCCAUUACGGUAUAUUGUCCUGUGAAGGUUGUAAGAGCUUCUUCGCUCGUGCCAGCUCGAACCAUAUCAGCUACAACUGCCCGACCAAACAGUGUGUGAUUAACAAGGAGACUCGGAACCGUUGCAUGUACUGCCGCUGGAAGAAAUGUGUGGCUGUAGGCAUGUCCAAGACAGCCUCCAAACUUGGUCGCCGUUCAAAACAGCUCAAGGCCCAGAUCGCGAAGCACUUACCCAAAUCCGGUCCAAUUUCGACAUCUUCAGACUCGGGUCUAGACAGCCCAAUCUGCAGUCCAAACGAUGGCUCUUCCCAUCCAAACACACCCAAGCAGAUCUCCUCUCCAACCUUGUCUGGCUACGGUGACUUCUCCCCGCUCUUCGAUGCUAGCUCCAAGUCUUCACGGCACAGCAUGGAGCUGAACAGCCCUGCCGGAAGUGUCUUUGCGCCAACAGAUACCUCUUCUACGCAUGACGAAUGUGAGCCACAAUCUCGGAAGCGCAACAGUACCGAUGAAGACAUCCACACAAUGUCCUUGAAGUCGCCGUUGUCGCUCCAGUGGCAAGACGUAUCGUCCGUCCCGCUUCCGUCGCCGACGAGCGCCUGGUUCAAUGUCAUCGACGAUCCUCAGUUGGAGAAGUUUGCUGCGGAUAUCCAUCGCAUCCGACUGGAGAGUUUCAUGUUUGAAUGCGUCCACACACCCAAACGGAAGGUGCCUCCAGCAAUAGACAUGGAUUCCGUACGUCAAGGGUGUCACAUGGUGGUGAAAAUGCCCACAUCGUCCUUGAUGGAUUCCAUGCUAGGCUGCAUGACCGAUAUCAUCAGGAGGGUCGUUUCCUUCUGCAAGCGAAUUCCUGGUUUCCCAGAGCUUCCCAUUCAGGACCGCACGGCACUUAUCAAGAACAACAUGUUCGAGAUGGUGUUGGUCCACUCCUCGCAUCUCGUGGAACGGAACGAGCUGUUCGUCGUCAUGGGCGACCCCCAUCUCAUCCUCCCUAUGGAAUUACUGAAGAUGGUCCCCUUCAGUGGCACAAUUGUACCUCUCUUUAGACUCAACGACAGAAUACAGAGUCUUGGGUUGUCAUCGCGGGAAACCAGUCUGCUAUGUGCCAUGGUCAUGCUCGCUCCAGACGGUGAGGAUAUCGAGCACCGCGACACGAUUUCGGUUCUACAGAACCGCGUAGCGCAAGCCCUUCGUAGAGAGAUCAGGUCCUCACUACGAGUUGACCCCGACGACACCUUCAUGCAGCUCUUCAUCGUUCUUCCCAUGCUUCGAGAGAUGAACGUUGCCCAUCGCAACCUCGUCUCUAACUUCAAGAUGAAGAUGCCGGGGAUGUUCAGCGAUCUGCAUCAGGAGGUCUUUGAGUAGGUUCUUGGAACUUCUUGCAUGGUCCUUGGAACUUCUUGAAUGGUCCUUGGAACUACUUGAAUGGUCCUUGAAACAUCUUGAAUGGCCUUUGGAACUUCUUGAAUGGUCCUUGGAACUUCUUGAAUGGUCCUUGGAACUUCUUGAAUGGUCCUUGGAACGUCUUGAAUGGUCCUUGGAACUUCUUGAAUGGUCCUUGGAACUUCUUGAAUGGUCCUUGAGUUAUUUGAGGAUAUACUCAAGCAGAUUAUUUCAUUUUGUGUAUUACCAAUGAGGUCUUUGAGUAAACCGGUGGCUCUUUGAGUGAGUCAUCCUCGUCACCAUUUUGAUUUCUCGGCACUGCCCCGAAUUAGUGGCCGUCACUGGAAGUCAUGUUUAACAAAUGGAAAAUUGAACCUCAGUCUAGAUUCCUUUGUUAGAAUUGACUAAAAUUGGCCGAAUUUUAGUAAAAAAAAACGGACGAUCAUAUUUUUGUACCUGUGUUGUGUGUUUUUAUCAGCUAAACCAUAGCUGGAAUUUGUGUUAUUAUGAUCACUGCUUUAUAGAAGAUUUCAUAUACUGAAGGCAAAGAAUGUUUGACCAUAUUUCUGGUUAUCAAGGACCUAACCAAAACCACUUCUGUUGGUUUUAAGGUGUUUUGUUCAAUUAAAAUUAUGGAUGACUCAUUGUCGAAAUUCAGUUGACAUUUCGUUAUAAAAAAUUACUAUUCAUUGUUUAACAAUAUAGAUUUUUGAUCAUAUUUUAUGGUGUAUGGGUUAUCUCUUUUGUGGACGUUCCAUGUAUCAAAUGCAUAGUUCGUAAUCCCCGCAACCUCUCUGAAUUUCUAUUUUAUUAUGAAAUAAUACACUCUCAUUUCUUAACUAUCUGUUCUGAUAAAGAGUUAGGCCUAUUCAUGUUCCGUUUUCGGGGACUUAAAUUUUAGUCCAAAAAGCCAUUUCUUACCUGCAGAAUGCUUCUGAGCCUUAUUCAAACUGUGUUUUAAUUGUGGACAGUCUACACUUUUAUAAUCUAUUAAUGUCUCAAAUGUCCAAUUAACUUUUGUUUAAACUCUUCGUAAUGCGCGCUACAAUAUUUUGUAAUGUUUUUUUAUGAUGUAAUUAUUUUGGAGAGUCCCUUCCCUUGCCUACUAUAAUAGCUUUUGCAUUUAAUUCAAUGUUCACUUUUUAAACGUUUAUUAUUUAUAUAGAUAGUUACAGUAUAGUACUUAGCAUUUCCAUUUCGUGGGCCGACCAAAAAAGAAAGAGACCAAAAAGCAACAAAAUAAUGGUAACAGGAUAUUCUGUAUCUUUUUCGGAGAAGUUAUUUUGCCUUUUCCCUCGCAUUAAGCCCAACACAAACUACACGAUCGUCGUGCGAUCCGAUUUUCGAAGAAAUGAAAAUUGUAUUAUAGAUAGGAAAUCUAAUCAAAAUUCAUCUACCUGAAUUACCUUCUUGAAAAUGAUAAGAAUACUAACAAACGGAAUUGUAGUCCAAUGAACUGUUUGAGUCGGUAUGAAGGUCAGAUCUGACGUCACUACGAUUCUGAGCCGAUUUAGUACUUAUAUUCCAACGAGGCAAGAAAUCCCUUUAUUUUCUGAAUCAUUAUGACAGAAGAUUUUACAUGAUUGAAAGUUCGUAUCGAAUAUUAUUGCAAGUUCUUUCAAAACCGGAUCGUAGUGGGAUCGUACAGUGUGCGGUGAACGUACUCUUUAUCAGAUUAUAGGAUUGGAAACCGACUUGUCGGAGCUGUUAUUGGGUUCGAUUGCGACAUCGCCAUGCAAUUUACUAAGUGGUAGAGGAACCGACAAUGAUAUUUACACUUUGAAGGCCUAGAUCAAAUGAAAAAUUUACACAUUAUGCACAUGUUGAUAAUAUUUUUGAAUGUAUAUAUAGCCUAGUGGCAACUCAUUUUACGAUGGAAAACUAAAAAAACUAAAAAUAUACUGCUGAUGAGAAAAUAAAUAAAUGAAUAACUUCAUCAUCUGCAACGCUGAUGUAUAAGUGUUGUGGUCUAGUGGUUAAGUCUCCAGACUCAGAACUACAAGGCCCGCAGCACAAACUUCCUUUGGCAAGACAUUAAUCUACAUUUGCCACAUUCGACACAGGUGAGGUAAAUGGGUACCCGGCAGGACUAAUUCCUUAAUUUUUAAAAUGUAUAAAUAAUGCUAGAGCGCCUUAUUGACAGCCUUGCUAAAGCGGUGGUUAUCAUUGUGGAGCGUGAGAGGGUCAACUCUGACAGAUAUGAGCGCUAUUAAGAACCAGCUGUUGAAAUCAUUUUUAUUAUGCUGAAUACUUAAUUUUAUGUAAAAUAUCUCUGGUUCAGUUAUGUUUUGUUUUUAGAUCGUACAGUCGCUGAUUCGCACAGUGUAGAGCGUGUAGUUAUAGACAAUGUUUAUUAUAUAUAGAUAUAUACGAAGAUGUAUAACUUGUAAAUAAAUCGUUCUAGGUCUUUUGAAGGUACUGUAUAGUUUUUGGUCUUGUGAAGGAUAAGAUUUUCCAUUUACGAUCUGAAAGAUUCUGUUUUACACAUGUAUAUGAUAAUAUAAACUGUUGAUUUAGAGAUCAAUUAAGUUCAUAAUCGAACAGACGUAGAGUAACAAUAUCCUUAACAACUUGAAAAGCAAGUAUAAUGAGUUCACGUUUUUCCGUUUUUUGUUCUAUUUUGAUUACAUUCUGAGGUGAACUUGUUUUUUAUCACCAAAUAUGAUUACUUUUGUUGCGAAAAUUCAAAAUACUGCUAUUUCAAAUUUGGUAAACGCGCCUUAUUGUGCAGAGGUGUAAUGAUCUAGCCAGUGGAUACGUCACUACUAUGUGGAUCACAUGGUUCGUGGUUCAAGUCUUUUGGUUGAACAUCGAUCUACGUUUGCCACUCUCCACCCCGGUGUAGUAAAUGGCUGACCCGUCCGAGGUUCCCUAAAUGCUUUCAGCGCCUUCGAUGAGCUGGGUAAAAGCCAAUGUAUAAACGUGGUACUGUUUAAAGGGCCUUGAUCACCCAUGUGAGAAUAUCAUGCACGCCAUACUAAUGUAGGUACGAUUAUUUUCAUUACUCUUUUAAGCAACAAAUGGAACAUAACGUGGGGGUGCAUGCAUGUGUAGGAAUUCACCUUGUGAGUUGUGAAGCAUCCCAAUGUUCAGGUUUUCACAGACUAUACGGUACCUUUGAAUAUCCUUUAUCUUGUAUAUUCAUUAUUAUGCACUUUAAAGUCAGGGUAUGAGCAUAGGGUAUUGAUAAUGUGAUAUGUGUGUGAGCUUUAGGAAGUUUCAACUUUCCACGCCUGCGCGGUUUUGGCAUAUAUUCAAAGUGAAUUCUAAUUUCUGUACAUAAAUGUGUGUGUGUUGUACGUGUAUCCCAAUCUCGGUGUAGUCUGUCCCUGCAGCUUAUGAAAAUCUUUUAAAGAAUCAGAUUAUUCCGGUUCGACAUUUUUUUAAUUAUACCAAAUAUUCUAUUGAUUGACUUAUCAGUAUUAUGAUAGUAUUAUGUUGCAUGUGUGUGUUAUAUUAAGUGCAUGUUUACAAGAUUAUCAACAUACUGAGUUAAUUCAUUUCAGUAUCAACGCAAUUAGAUCCCUUUCACUCUUCAUCACACUUUAUAUGUUCUGAUUCUCCUUUGUUUUCGUUGUUCUUUUGUCGUAAAAUAGCCAAGUGUUCUUCUUUUUUUCUUUCGUUUUCCCCCCGUUUAUCUUUUUCACAACCAUAGUAUUAUUACGAAUGGACAUGUAUACUCAUAAUAGCCCCCUAUGUCCAUUGCGAUACCUUCAUGACAUGUAUAUAAUACAUUGGAUAAUCGUGUUUUGCAUAUGCCUUGUAAAAUCAUUGGAAUUUUAUAUAUUUGUGUGUUUCUAAUUGCAAUUUACUCAUACGAUAUUUGAAUUAGGAGUAUGAUAUUGCAAACAAAAUGUAUUAUUCUAUCGCUUGCUAAAUGUAUUAUUGAUAAUAGUUCAUGAUUCGCCCGCUUAUAUAGUGUUUAAGUAAAUGCAGCUGUUUAUAUUAUAUACAGUGACGUCAGCUUAUGCCCUUCUUAUUAAAAAAACAAAAAUGUUUUAACUGAAUCCUUCUACAAUGUGUAUAGCCCCUCCCCACCCCCACCCCCCGACCCCAUUCGCCACAUCCUUAACGAAAACGAUAGUCCACGACUCUUGUACUGUUUGACGUUUAAUGAUUUUCAAAUCGAUUCCUUGUGAAGGACACGCGAUUAUUGACAUAAUACCUUGUAUAUUAUUUGUAUAUAUUUUGGUAAAUAUUUAGGCCUUAACUUGAGAUUUGAUCAACUCUCAGAGUAUUAUCUUGACUUUGUGUAUGACACAAAUUACCGUGGUUCUUGUCAAGCCAUGUUUACAUAAAUGUGAUGGUUCUAAAUUGUAUCGCAAGUUUACGGUUGAUGCUAUUUUUAUAACAAUUUCAUGGGGGAAUUGUAGUUUUCAUAUUUCUCUUGGUAGUUCUAAAUGUAUUAGGUAGUUUAUGUGAUUUUUUUUCUAACUUGAAAGCUCCCAUUUUUUGGCCACAUUUUUUUUGUUGGUGAUUGGAUAAUAAAUAAUUUUCAGUCAAAGAUUGAAGUUUGUUUGUGGGAUCGUUGAUUGUAUCAUUGCCAUUUUGGUUUCAUUUUUUUAAUGUAAUUGAGAAGCAAAAAUUGAAUUCAUAGGUAACCUGUUUUGAACUUAAUGCAGUGUCCAUGGUAUCGAUGUAACUCAUGAACAUGAUCCUAACUAGUUACCAAAGAUUUUAAUAAAAAUACCAUGGGAUAAAUUUUGCAGUAUGUUAGCCUUCUUCACACACAAAAAAAACACACAUUGUAUAAGAGUUAUUCAAUGAAUUCCAUUUAACUUUUUCAAUGACUAACAAAAUGUAAGAACUCCAUUCAAUUGUAUUUGUUGUUUAAUAAAAAUGAUCACAUAACUUCAAUUUAACUAAACAAAUGUUAUGUUUUGUACAUGUAUCUACUUCUUUCUUUGCCCUCCUUGCUAUCGCUCUCUCUCUCUCUCUCUCUCUCCCUCUCUUCCUCACUUCCUCUCUCCCACACACGCGCCCCCACACAUCCUUUCUCUCCCCCACGUCUCUCUAUUUUCCUCUCUCGUUUUACCUAUUUUGUUUCGUCAUGUUCGUUUGUUCUUUGAGAUUGUUUUUCUUCGUUCGUUUGUGAGCGUGUGUAAAUUGGAGAAAUUGUUCGACGGGAAACUGAACGGUUUAUAACAAUGGAUACAGUGGUGAAUUAAAAGAUAUGCUAUAUCCCCAA